GAGGGACCAUCCCUGGGCGGAGAAGUCGGCACCGCCUCCUUCCUCUUUCUUCAGGCGAACAUGGCUGCAGCCGCUGUCUGCUCGGCCGUGAAGAUUGGAAUUAUCGGAGGGACGGGUCUGGAUGAUCCUGAGAUAUUAGAAGGUCGAACAGAGAAAUACAUUGAUACACCAUUCGGAAAGCCAUCAGAUGCACUGAUUUCAGGAAAGAUAAAAAACGUUGACUGUGUGCUUCUAUCCAGGCAUGGGAGGCAUCAUUCUAUCAUGCCAACAAACAUCAAUUUCCGUGCCAAUAUGUGGGCACUAAAAGAAGAAGGUUGCACUCAUCUAUUAGUGACUACUGCCUGUGGCUCAUUACGAGAAGACAUUCAGCCUGGAGAUCUUGUUAUAAUUGACCAAUUCAUAGACCGGACAACAAAAAGGCAUCUCACUUUUUAUGACGGGUCUAAUUCCUGCCUCCCAGGAGUGUGCCAUGUUUCUAUGGCAGAACCUUUCUGUGCCAAAACAAGAGAAGUACUUCUGGAUGUUGCCAAAAAGCUUGGAAUCAAGUGUCACUCAAAGGGAACAGUAAUUACAGUCGAGGGACCACGUUUUAGUUCUCGGGCUGAAAGCUUGAUGUUUCGCAGCUGGGGAGCUGAUGUUAUCAAUAUGACGACAGUCCCAGAAGUCAUUCUGGCAAAGGAGGCGGGAAUCUGCUAUGCGAGUAUUGCUAUGGCAACAGAUUACGACUGCUGGAAAGAACAUGAGGAAACGGUCUCAGUGGACAGAGUUCUAAAGACACUGAAGGAGAACGCAAAUAAAGCAACUAGUUUGCUACUCACUGCCAUACCUCAGAUUGGAUCCAUGGAAUGGUCAGAAACCCAUCAGAACUUGAAAAAUACUGUGCAGUUAUCUGUUAUGCUACCAAAACAUUGAAAACCUAGCAAGCUACAGUACUUGAAGAUCAGAAGAUAGACGUCUUUACUUUUAAAGAAUGCCUUUGAUGGAUGCAGCAUUUUUCAUUACCAUCUGCUAAUAUGCUUCUUUUGGAAUAAGAUCUUGCAAAGGCUGAAAAACAACAUUCACAGCAGAUUUGAAAAGUAAUUAAUUCUUAAAACUGACAUUUCAGACUGUGAACACAAGAGCUGAUACUUGAUAAUCCCGUUCCACUGAUGUGAAAGAGAUUUUUUAAAAAGGGUUAUUAGCUCUAGUUCAAAUAUUCGAUCAUAACUCAAUUCAAAAAUGGCAAAUCCAUAAAAAGGUAUGUUAAUAUGCCCUUGCUCACCCCCCAAAUGAUCACUUCCCUGAGUGGUUAUAGUGGUGGACUGCCGUUCAGUAGCAUUUUUAUAAUGCAAAGAAAUGGUUUUGAAUGGUGAUUAAAUGCAUUUUUAUUAUGCUUUUUAAUAGAAAAUUAAUGACUUUUAAAAAAUAAGGGCAAUUAACAGAUUGCACUUUUUUGUUUUUAAAGAUUUCUUGGCUAAGAUUUUCCAAAGUGACAUGAUACGGUUUUUAUGUAUUUAGUCUAUUGUUAAGAAAAUAUUUGCUUUUAUUACGAAUGUCAAAUCUGUUUUCUUUUGUGUCUUCAAUUUAAUAUGCUGGACUUCAUAAAUCAGAAUAGAGUAACAGAGUUGGAAGGGACCUUGGAGGUCUUCUAAUCCAACCCCCUGCUCAGGCAGGAAACCCUACAUAAAUUGCUGGAUUUAUUUUCUUUUUAUACGUUUUGUUUUAAAGAUCUGUGUGGUGGAUGUGUAGACUUGGUUGAUUUAUUAUUUUUUUAAUUGAAUGGCUUUGAGGGGGUUUUUGGACAGCAAAAAAGCAGGAUAUGUGGCUUUUGUGUGGAAAAGAAAAAAGACAUUUUAAGACCACAAAGGACUCAAUCAUGAAUUCCCUCAGUUGUUAAUAGUGAGUGUUGAGCAACUCCAUUUCCGUUAGAAGUUUUCUGGUGCCCUUAUGGCUGUAGUAGCUUCUCCAAACCAAGGCCACAAUGUCACUUCAGAAAAAAUAUCCUCUCAGUUUUGCAACUCACUUUUUAUUGAAGACUCCAAUACACCAUUUACUUCUAGCAAAAGCAGCAGAGUAACAGAAUCUAGGUUGGUGAUGUUUCUGAGUGUUUGAAGGCAUCACAAACCUGUUUGAACGGGCUGUGUACAGCCUCCGAAACAAUUCUCUCUACCAAGUCAUUCAGGACUUGUUUUUUGCUAAAUAUUUUGAAGAGUGAAGAACAACUACCAUGUCUCUGAACAACAUAUUCACAUUGUUUGGAAUGCUGCUGCUGAAUGUUUACAAUACACACUGUACUGUUGUAUCCUUGCAAAUUAUGCCUUAGUUACGUAUGUUAAAUACCCCCUUUUCUUUUUAAAAAAGGAUGCAAUGCUGCUUUUCUCAAAUAAAACUCAAUGUAACCUCU